CUUUAGCUGCGUUCAAAAUAUUUAGACCAACAAAAUGGCAGCAGCGUUGUCAAAAAAACUUUGUUGGGCUUCUUAUAUUCUCUACCUCUACUUCAUUUAUUAUCCGGCCGAAGCUGCUGUCAAGAGAUACCAGUUUGAUAUCCAAGUGAAAAAUGUUAGCAGGCUGUGUCAUGCCAAGCCCAUUGUCACAGUAAAUGGGAGGUUUCCAGGGCCAACAGUAUAUGCAAGAGAAGGUGACAGAGUUCUAGUGAAUGUCACCAACCACGCCAAAUAUAACAUGUCUAUUCAUUGGCAUGGACUCAAGCAAUUUCGUAAUGGCUGGGCAGAUGGACCUGCUUAUAUAACACAAUGUCCUAUCAAGACAGGGCAUAGCUACACAUAUGAUUUUAAUGUAACAGGUCAAAGAGGAACACUAUGGUGGCAUGCACAUAUCUUAUGGCUAAGGGCCACAGUCUAUGGAGCUAUUGUUAUCAUGCCUAAACCAGGAACCCCAUUUCCUUUCCCUCAGCCUCAUAGAGAAGAAAUCAUAAUAUUUGGAGAAUGGUGGAAAAAUGAUGUUGAAGAUAUUGAAAAACAAGGGAACAAGCUGGGAUUGCCGCCAAAUGCCUCCGAUGCACAUACCAUUAAUGGGAAGCCAGGACCACUCUUCCCAUGUUCUGAGAAACAUACAUUUACCUUGGAGGUUGAACAGGCAAAGACAUACCUCUUGAGAAUCAUCAAUGCUGCCCUCAACGAUGAGUUUUUCUUUGCUAUUGCUGGUCACAACAUGACCGUGGUAGAAAUUGAUGCAGUUUACACCAAACCCUUUACAACUCAAGCCAUACAAAUUGCACCCGGCCAAACCACAAAUGUUCUUGUUCAAGCAGCACAAACACCAAACAGAUAUUUCAUGGCUGCUAGACCUUUCAUGGAUGCACCGCUUUCCAUAGAUAACAAAACUGCCACUGCUAUAUUGCAAUAUAAAGGUAUCCCAAACACCGUACUUCCUCUCCUUCCUCAGCUACCAGAACCAAAUGACACUGCUUUCGCGCUUAGCUACAAUGCCAAGCUUAGAAGUCUAAACUCUCCAAAAUUCCAAGCAAAUGUGCCUCUCAUAGUCGACCGGCAUCUUUUUUACACAAUCGGUCUAGGAAUAAACCCUUGUCCAACAUGCUUAAACGGAACAAAACUCACCGCCUCCUUGAACAACAUCACUUUUGUAAUGCCCCAAAUUGGUCUACUUCAAGCUCACUACUUUAACAUCAAGGGAGUAUUUAGGUUAGAUUUCCCAGAUAACCCUCCAACGCCAUUCAAUUAUACUGGUGCACCACUUACUGCCAAUCUUGUUACUACAUUAGGCACCAGGGUUAGUAAAAUUGCCUACAAUUCAACUGUGCAACUGGUACUACAAGACACCAAUCUUCUCACUGUUGAAUCACACCCUUUCCAUCUUCAUGGAUACAAUUUCUUCGUUGUUGGAACCGGAAUUGGAAACUUUGAUCCUAAAAGGGACCCAGCAAAAUUUAACUUGGUUGAUCCUCCUGAGAGAAAUACCGUUGGAGUACCUACUGGUGGAUGGACUGCCAUAAGGUUCAGGGCUGAUAAUCCAGGGGUGUGGUUCAUGCACUGUCAUCUAGAACUGCACACAGGCUGGGGAUUGAAAACAGCUUUUGUUGUCGAAAAUGGAAAACUCCCGGAUCAAUCUAUUUUGCCUCCACCUAAGGAUCUUCCUCCUUGCUAGCAGCUGUUCAUAACCAGAUGACAUAAUUUGGAACGUUUGAAAUUUCCUAAAUGACAAUUUCUUUAAAGCUGCAAGAGCUAAAAUGUAAACGGAGGACCAGAAUUAACUAUUUGUCCCGGAUUCUUUGUGAUUGUAAUUGAGAUGUGUUGUUGUGCAAUAAAUUAAUAAAAGCAUUUCAGGUUUGUAUCA